AUGCCAAGAAAAUUACUGAAAUUCCUCAUUCUAUUCGAUAACACGUCCUUAUUGUACUUUCCGGGUCAAUUUUUGUCGGGAAGGGUUCUUAUUGAACUUCAGGAUGAUACACCUGCACUUGGUCUUCAUUUCCACGUUGUAGGAGAAGGGAUAGUUCGAGUUCGAACUUCUCGACAAGAGGGGGUGCACGAUCGAGAAAAUUAUAUCGAUUUUCGGAUGCGACUACUGGGAGAGCCAGGCCAAGGUCCUUCCGUUUUGUCGCCCGGUAUCCACAGUUUUCCCUUCAAACUUGGCUUACCACUUGGAUUACCCUCGACUUUUCUGGGCAAACAUGGAUGGGUACAGUACUACUGUAAAACAGCCCUAAGAGAGCCCAAUGGACUGACGCAUAAAAACCAACAAGUUUUUAUAGUGAUGAAUCCUAUAGACUUAAAUUUAGAGCCUUCCAUAUUAGGAAACAUUUCGGGUCAGGAAACCUUUAGAUGCGAAGUGGAACACAAAUUUGGAGUGAGCUGUGUUGGAUCUGGAGCUGUAGUUUGUAAAGUUACCUUAGAUAGAGGUGGAUAUGUACCAGGAGAAAGUAUAGGAAUAACCGCAAGUGUUUAUAAUAGAAGUAGAAUAACUAUCAAAAGUACGAGGGCAUGUCUUACAGAAACUAUAACAUACAUGGGGAGAGGGAAAGUAGUCCAGUCGGAAAAGAGAGAAUUAGCUUCAUUGUCCAGGGGCAAAAUACGCCCUGCAGAAAAAGAUGAGUGGAUAAAUGAACACUUGUAUAUUCCACCACUACCCCCAACUAAUCUUCGAGGGUGCCAUUUGAUCAAAAUCAACUACGAUGUUUACUUUAUUGUGGUACCGAAAAGUCUACAAAAAGAAGUCAAACUGCAGUUACCAAUAAUGAUGGCUACCUAUCCACUUCGCUCAGAUGGUGAGGAAGGAGGAUACAAAUCAGGAACCCACUACCCAUCUACUCUUCCAAUUUUCAGGCCGUGGCUUGAAGAUAAACCAACAUGAUUUUAGAGACAAAUAAUAUGUAUACCAGAAUCCCACCAGUCGGUUAAAUUAGUACUAGAACAUUUCUUAAAUGAAAAAUAAUUUUUGUGUUUUUUAAUAUAUUUUUUAUCUUCAAUUUGACUAUCGAUUUGUCACGAGGCAGCUACUCUUAUUAAUUUUCUCCACGUUUCUAUUUUUGAUCAUUCAACCUUCAGAGGCCUCUUUCCAGGUAUUUUUGGUCUUCUGGUUUUCUCACUACAUCUAUUUCAGAGAAAGGUAUAUUAAUCCCUUUAAGGAACAUAUUUUAUCUUAAUGUCUUUUUUAGCUUUAUUCUUGUACUCUCUCUCAAAACUCACCGUUAUAAUGUAUCCUAAUCAUUUUAAUCUACCCUAUUCCAUUUUCCUACUCUACAAAAAUUUAAUGUUACUAUUUUUUGUCUCUCCGCCCAUAGAUACAAGUAUUUUUACUUUUAAAACAUGUUUUAUUGAUCUUUGUUUUUAACUCUUCAACAUUCAGUGUCAUAUAGUUUCGUUGGUAUUAAGGCAGUCUUAAACAAUUUACUUUCCAAUUUUAUUGGAAUUUUUUAUCACUUUUAUCAAAUACAAUACUAAUGAGGAUAUUGAUUCUCUUAUCCUAGGCUUACAUGAGACUUAUAAGUAUCUGCUCAACUUUUCAUAAAACUACUAUUAGUACUAUACUGCAUUGCUUAUAUACAUGCAUAAUUUAGUACGUUUUCUCUUCUUGCUUAAUUUGAUGUUAGUAAAAUUGAACCAUCUUGUAAUUGGAUCAUCGAACUCUAGAUUUUUGUUACUUAGGUAUAUAUUUAUUAUAUGGUUGAGUGUGAAUCUGGAGUACAUACUAACUGUCAAGUUUACAUACAAAAAAUAAAUACAGUCUUAUUACUUUGAUAUCAAAGAAUAAAACAAUGUAUUAUCAUGAGUAACAAUAUAAAUAUCAAUGAAAUUAAAAAAUUUAACACUUAUUUAAUGCUACUAAGAUGUCUAUAUGCCAUAUAUUUUUAUACAUUUUUUACAAUUGUAAAUACAGUUUUAACAAUC